AGUCAAGUGCCAGUUGUCGAAGCCAACCAGUCCGGAUUCGCGCCUGCAGCUGUCAGAGCUCGGGAAUCGCAAUAGAAGUCAUCGCCAUGAAUCUACCGCACGGACUGUCAAAAUCUCUACUACCAUUUACGGUGCUCGGCGUCGUCUUAAUGUCAGCAGCCUUCUCGAAUGCGCUCGAUUGCUAUGUGUGCACCUAUUUGGACGGUUACAGUGAUAACUCCUGUCUGAAGAACGCCAGUGCUGUUACUGUGCUCAACUGCACCAGGAAAUACUGUGUGACAAUGCGCGUGGAAAUUAGGCGUAACUCGAGCAAGGUGAUGUCCUUCCGACGCGACUGCCAGGACAAGCCGUUGAUGCUGUAUGGCAAUAAGCCAGAUGAAACGUUUCGCACUUAUUUCACAUCCUGCCAACAGGACCGCUGCAAUGGACACGAUGGUCGGGUUAGGAACUCGACAAAUGGAAGUGGGGGCAGCGGUAUACACAACGCUAUUAUUCCUGGAAAAAGUCCUGGUCAAAUCGCAUUCCUUAGCCCCUGGAUACAUAUUGUUUUGAUUAUCGUGGCACUUUGCCAGUUUCCAUAG